UUUGCUAUUAUGCUCAUGUUCCACUCUCCACUCUCCCUGCUGCUAUAAAUAAAUGCCUCCCUGGCAUUUCCGCCCUACUCUCCACUGCCAUUACUUCACCUCCAUACACCCGCCCGUACCCAAACUUUUCCCCGCUAACCUCCGCAUCACAACCGCCACCCUCAUGUCCUUCCGCCCCAACUACCAAGGCGGCGGCCGCAGAGGCGGUGCCUCAUCCUCCGGUCGCGGCGGAGGCCGCCGUGGAGGCAGCGGCGGCCGUGGUGGCGGACGCGGCGAGCAACGAUGGUGGGACCCUGUUUGGCGAGCUGAGCGCCUGAGGCAACAACAGCCCGAGAAGGAGGUGUUUAAUGAGAAUGAAUGGUGGGAUAAGAUAGAGAAGAUGCAAAGAGGAGGGGAACAGGAGCUGAUUAUCAAGCGUUACUUCAGCAUUGGUGACCAGCAAACCCUAGCUGAUAUGGCUUAUAAGCAGGGUCUUUACUUCCAUGCUUAUAAUAAGGGGAAGACUCUCGUUGUUAGCAAAGUUCCACUGCCUGAUUACCGUGCAGAUCUUGAUGAGCGCCAUGGAACAACACAGAAGGAGAUUAGAAUGUCCACAGACAUUGAGAGGAGAGUAGGGAAUCUUUUGAACAGCUCACAGUCAAUGGAGACAGAAACUGCUAGUUUGCCUUCUGUAUCAACUGACCUUGGACAUAAACAAUCAAUGAGUACUACAAAGUCUGUUUCUUCACAGCAGACUGAUUCUUCAAAGGAGAAACUUAGUGUUAAACUCAAGGAAAAGCAGAAACUUAUGCAGGCAAGUGAUGCUUUGAAGGAAAUGAAAUCAUUUAGGGAGAAGCUUCCUGCAUUCAAAAUGAAGUCUGAGUUUCUGAAAGCUGUUAGCAAAAAUCAGGUAUUGGUAGUUUCAGGAGAGACAGGAUGUGGCAAAACAACACAGCUGCCUCAAUUCAUUCUGGAAGAAGAAGUAUCAUGUUUGCGUGGAGCUGAUUGCAACAUAAUUUGUACUCAGCCUCGUCGUGUAUCUGCGAUUUCUGUUGCAGCUCGAAUAUCUGCUGAACGGGGCGAGAUCCUCGGUGAAACAGUCGGAUACCACAUCCGUCUUGAAACAAAACGUUCUGCAGAAACACGCCUUCUCUUCUGCACCACUGGUGUCUUACUUCGACAGUUGGUCCAAGAUCCGGAGUUGACCGGCGUUAGUCAUUUGCUGGUUGAUGAAAUUCAUGAAAGAGGCAUGAAUGAAGACUUUUUAAUUAUAAUUUUACGUGAUCUUCUUCCUCGACGCCCUGAUUUACGCCUCAUUGUAAUGAGUGCUACUAUCAACGCUGAUUUGUUCUCGAAUUACUUUGGAAAUGCCCCAACUAUACACAUACCGGGAUUUACUUUUCCUGUAGCGGAGCACUACCUAGAAGAUGUGUUGGAGAAAACUCGAUACACCAUCAAGCCAGAGUUUGACAAUUUUGAGGGAAAUUCAAGGAGAAAAAGGAAACAACAGGAUUCUAAGAAGGAUCCUUUGACUGAAAUGUUUGAGGAUGUUGAUGUAGAUACUCAUUAUAAGAACUACAGCUUGGGUGUUAGAAAAUCUCUUGAAGCUUGGUCAGGUUCACAGAUUGAUUUGGGUCUGGUAGAGGCUUCAAUUGAGUAUAUAUGUCGAAAUGAAGGUAGUGGAGCAAUUCUUGUAUUUCUUACCGGCUGGGAUGAAAUCUCUAAGCUACUUGACAAACUUAAGGGAAACAGAUUGCUUGGAGAUCCUAGCAAGUUCUUAAUCCUUCCAAUACAUGGCUCAAUGCCUACUGUCAACCAAUGUGAAAUAUUUGAUCGUCCUCCCCCUAACAAGAGAAAAAUUGUGCUAGCAACAAAUAUUGCUGAGAGUAGCAUCACAAUAGAUGAUGUUGUGUAUGUCGUAGACUGUGGUAAAGCAAAGGAGACCAGCUAUGAUGCUCUAAAUAAGCUUGCCUGCUUGUUACCAUCAUGGAUUUCAAAGGCUUCAGCUCGUCAGAGACGCGGUCGUGCUGGUCGAGUGCAACCCGGAGUGUGUUAUAGGUUGUAUCCUAAACUGAUCCACGAUGCUAUGCCAGAGUAUCAGUUAGCUGAAAUCCUCCGAACACCGUUGCAAGAGUUGUGCCUGCAUAUUAAAAGCUUGCAGCUUGGAACUGUGGCAUCAUUCUUAGAAAAGGCACUUCAGCCACCAGAUUCUCUUGCGGUUCAGAAUGCUAUUGAACUUCUCAAAACAAUUGGCGCAUUAGAUGAGAAAGAGGACCUUACUCCACUGGGUCAGCAUCUUUGUACUAUACCUUUGGACCCAAAUAUUGGAAAGAUGCUUCUCAUGGGCUCUAUCUUUCAAUGCCUCAAUCCUGCCUUAACUAUUGCUGCUGCUCUUGCUUAUCGUAACCCAUUUGUCUUACCCAUAAACAGAAAAGAGGAAGCUGAUGCAGCAAAAAGAUCUUUUGCCGGUGAUUCUUGCAGCGAUCAUAUUGCGCUUCUUAAAGCUUUUGAAGGAUGGAAGGAGGCAAAACGUAGUGGGAAUGAAAAAGAUUUUUGUUGGGAGAAUUUCCUAUCCCCAGCGACCUUGCGGUUGAUUGAUGAUAUGAGGAUGCAAUUCCUCAAUUUAUUAUCUGACAUUGGAUUUGUUGACAAGUCCAGGGGUGCUAAUGCUUACAACCAGUAUAGUCAUGAUCUGGAGAUGGUCUGUGCAAUUCUUUGUGCUGGUCUGUACCCUAAUGUUGUACAGUGCAAAAGAAGAGGAAAACGGACAGCACUCUACACUAAAGAAGUCGGGAAGGUCGACAUCCACCCCUCUUCUGUUAACGCAGGGGUUCACAUCUUUCCUCUGCCCUACUUGGUAUAUAGUGAAAAAGUGAAAACUACCAGCAUCUAUAUUAGAGACUCCACUAACAUUUCAGAUUAUGCCCUACUUCUAUUUGGUGGUAAUCUUGUCCCUUCCAAAAGUGGUGAUGGCAUAGAGAUGCUUGGAGGUUACCUUCAUUUCUCUGCUUCGAAGAGUGUCAUUGAGUUGAUAAAGAAAUUACGCGGGGAGCUUGACAAGCUUCUAAACAGAAAGAUUGUAGAACCAGGGUUGGACGUUUCUGGUGAAGGAAAGGGAGUGGUUGCCGCUGCUGUUGAGUUGCUGCACAAUCAAAUGAUUCGAUGAGCUCUUUUUUCUUUUCCGGGGGCCGACGCUUACUAUGUCUCGCCUUUCAUUAGCUAUUAUAACUAGAACAAAGUUUUGAUGACUUUGCUAGCAGUUUUUAUCAAUCGCUAGCAAUAUUACCUAUCUGGAAUGUAUAUGUGCAAUAUCUGUUUUUAUCUGGUUAGAAAGGAGAUACUAACACUGGAGAAAGAAAGGAUGAAGUGGGAUACUGGGAUUGAAUUAUACGUCAGAUUCUUCUCACAAGUGAAAUGGAGUAGCAUUGAGCGGUUGAGCCCCAUAUACCUAUUGGCAGCUAGUAUUUUUUUUUUUUUUUGUGGUUUCAUACGGAAAGAUUUGUAGCUAGUAUGUUAUACACUUGUACCUAAUUUAUUUUCCAUUGCUGUCCGGUUUGGUUUUUA